AUGGAUGAAACUAAGCCAUUAUUAUCUGAAACAGACACUAAAGUGUUACGAGGUCAUAAGAGGCAUUUGGGUCAUUUAGAGAACUAUUUUGCACUUUUGCAAAGACAAGAAUUGUAUGGUAAUUUUAGUAUUAGUUGCAAAUUGAAUCAUGGGAUCACAUAUGUGGAUCUUGCUCGUGGGCUACGUUCUAUCGUCCUUGCAAAUCCAAUCAUGAUGCAUACUUUAGUAUCAGCUACAAACAAGGAUUCUUCAUGGGAUGAACUAAGUAACUACUAUAGAUCUUCUGAGUACUUAGAUAAGCCAUGGCCAGAACAUGACUUCAUGGAAGUUGUAGACCAAUUGUCCCUGAAGGAUGUGGUAAUCAAUGAACAAACCAAUUUAUAUGGUGAUUUGUUAACAAAAUUACAAAAUCAAUUUCAAAAAGAUAAUGGUGUAAUCACAGAGAAAUUAUGUGAUAUUCUGUCUCAGGUCCGAAUCCCCGUAUACCAAAGAAACAAGCCAAACUGGCGUAUUCUAUGUCUAACAGAUGAUCCCAAUAAUAAUGACUCUCAAUCAUUUGACACCUUAGUGUAUAUCAGUAAUCAUUGUAGUGCGGAUGCUAUGACGGGGAUUAAUUUGUUCCAAGAUAUUGUAUCUGAAAUAAAUAAACCAGAUACAAAGACUAUUAUCGAAGGAGAAUCUCAGGAAUCAUUACAAAUUUGGGAUUAUGAAAGAGAUUAUUUAAAAUGCAGUAAAUUACCUUUACCAAUAACAGAAAGAGUGAAUUAUGUACCAUCAAUUUUAACCUUCAUUUGGUUGAUUAUCACUACUAUAGUCAAUGGUAUAUUCAAUUACAAAAGUCCUUGUGAGGAUACACAACGCAUCACUGAGUCUGAACCACAAGUAUGCUAUCAAAGCUUUGUUCGUUUUACUCAAGAUGAGGUCAGUAGGAUUAAAAAUAAAAUCAAUAAACAAAAAUGUACAAUGACAGCUCUUAUGCAAACUGCAUUAUGUGUCACAUUAAAAGAACAUGGUAUAUUUAACAAUCGUUCUAUGAAUGAAAUUACUUUUGAUAUUACAGUUCCAAACAACACUCGUAAAGGAUUACCUGACUCCUUAGUUGAUGAACAAUACAAAUAUGGUUCAAACGUUGGUGGAUUACAUUAUUCGUAUUUAAUUUCAAGUUUCAAGGAUUCACAAUUUUGGUCUUUAGCACGUUAUUAUAACGGUGUUUUCAAAUCUGCUGAUUACCUUGUUGGAUUAGGAUCUAUAAUGCUAGGUUUUAUUACCCAAAACAAGAAUAUUGAUGCAAUGAUUGCAGAUUCAUAUUUAAAUAAGAAACGUGGUGGGAUUAUCUUGAGUAAUGUCGGUGUGAUCAAUACAACAACAUCUUCAGAAGAGGAUACUUUACAAAUCGAAGACAUGCUAUUCAUGCAAAAUCUUGGCGUGUUGAAUUUUAGUUAUAGUGUCAAUAUUGUUACUACAACAUCAGGUGGCAUGAAUCUAUGUAUGAGUGCAGUUGAAGGAGCAGUUGCAUCACAAGCAGAUUUUACUGCUCUUGGUAAGGAAUUGCAUGCUAAGAUUAUGAACAAAUGUGACUAG